AUGACGAAGAAGCAAAAAGAAAAGAAGGGCAGAGACAGCAGGGCAAAUCCCGAAGAGGAACCAGAGACGCCCGAGCAAAGAGCCGAGAGAAGACGACGGGAGCUCCAGGCCGUCCCUGUCCUAGCCACGAGUAAUGGUCAUUACGGCCAUCACUGCCUCAAAAAGGACGCAGCGACCACACAUGCCAUGACUCGGAAAUGCUUCGACAAUGGCCAUAUGGGGGUGUGCCCAGAGUGCAAAAGAGCCUCUUCUCGCCGAUAUGGCUGCACAAACUGUGGUGUGUCCGGCAAGGGCCUCCUAUCUCUGAGAGAAUCCGAGGAGAUGGUGAGGCAAUUUGAGCAAGAGAGUAAGGAGAAAGGCGAUAGCCAACAACAGGAACACGUUGUUGAGCGAAAUGAAGAACCAAGAGAUUGGUAG